ACCUUCCUUUCUUCCUCAAUCUAAACCAACAGUACCCUUAAUUCCCAUGGCUGAGCCACUACGCGAUCCAACGUCCGGAACUCGACGCAAGGGCGUCCUGGGAAAGCAUGCUACGGCACCGGCGGAGGCAGAGCCGGUGCCGGGAGCGGCUCCGUGUGGGGCAUGCAAGUUCUUGAGGAGGAAGUGCAUCAGUGGGUGUAUAUUUGCACCCCACUUCGGGUCCGACCAAGGAGCAGCUCGGUUUGCAGCCGUGCACAAGGUGUUCGGUGCAAGUAACGUGUCGAAGCUCUUGCUGCAUAUACCGGUGAGCCGGAGACACGAUGCUGUGGUUACAAUAUCGUAUGAAGCUCAGGCGAGGUUAUCCGACCCAGUUUAUGGUUGCGUAUCCACCAUACUUGCUUUACAACAGCAGGUGGCAUCUCUGCAAGCGGAGCUGGGAAUGGUGCAAACUCAGCUUAUAAACAGCAGGUUUGCAUACGCAAAUGCCAUUCAGAACUCACAGCAAAACAAUAAUAUUGCAGUGCUGCAGCCGGCGUUCUCCAACAACUCUUCUGCUUCGAAUAACCUCAUCAGCAUGAGUGGUUUCACAACAGAUUUCGACCUUGCACCGUCCUCCCAUAGCAUAGAGCCUCUACAGCUUUCACGACCAUCCCACGAUGAGGAAGAAGAUGAGGAACAGAGUCGGAUUCCAUCUAUGUUUGCCAAUAAGAUACUUCACCGGAGAUGAUUUUUUUCUUAUCAGCACCAUGCAUGCUAGCUAAUUGGUGCUCCUGCUUAGAACUAUAUAUCACUUUUUUUUCGCAAAUUAAAAAAAAAAAAAGAAAAAAAAAAGAGAAAGAUUUCUUUACCCAUAGCAUAAUAAUGCAUGUGGUAAGAAAUUCCCUAGCUAAUAUAUCACAUGUAUUUAUAUAUAUUGUGGUUAAAA